CCGCUGUCCAGUCGCCAUGGCCAUCCAGGAGGGCCCGUACAACGUCAGAGCAAUCGAACAAAACCUCCAAGCCCAUGUGGACUGGAUGAAGCGCAUUCAAGCUCUGGCGCUCAUCCAAGAAUGGGCAAAGAGUGAAAGAGCGCAUAGCUCGCCUGGGUUUGUGAACGGAAUCCAUCAACUCCGCGACCUCAUUGCCGACCAAGUCAUGGACAUUCGAUCGAGCGUGUCGAAAGAGGCGUCGCGGACGAUCUCGGUGCUGGCAAACAACAUGAAGGACGCGGCAUUCCAUCCCCUCCUCGACGUCUUCCUCUCCGCGCUCUUGAAGGCACUCGUCGUCACGAUCGAGGUGAUUGCGUCGGCGGCCGAUGCGUGCAUCCAAAGCGUCCUCAAGAGCUCUCGUAUCGGCCACUACGCAGCCAUUCCCAAACUCGUUGAAGCGUGUGCAAGUCGCAAUGGCACCCUGCGCAAACACGCGAUGGCAUACAUGGCAAUGAUCUGUACCGAGUGGAACCCUCGGUCCAUGCACCGCCAUGGAGUCCCCAACCACUUGUCCAAAGUCCUCUUGCUCGGGCUCUGCGACGCCAGUGCGGACGUGCGCGCCAUGUCGCGCAAGUGUUUCUGGGCAUUCCAUACGAUUGACACGAAAAAGGCGCUGCUUGUGUUUGACAAGCUGGACGGAGCCACGAAGGUCAAACUGGUUGAGGAAGGGGGCUCGGUGUCAAGUCCAACGGGGGUAUCCAUGGCGCUCCCGCCCAAACCGAUCCCGCGCAGUCGGUCGAUGGAAUCGGACCCAUUGCCCCCGUCGAAAGACGUGGCGGUCAACCCGGUCGUGGCACGACUCUACCAACCCAACUAUUUUCAAACCCGAUGGCAGCGACUGGCAAAGCUCAAAGAAGCCCGCGACCUGCGAGAAUGCUCGUUUGUUCCUGCCAUUCGGCGGGUCAAGCUCAAGAACCUCAAACUUGCCGACGUCCCCAUGCUCGAACUAGAUAAAGUGGCCCUAAAAGGCGACCUAAUAAGGGGCUGCGUCUCCCCCGUGAAUGCGUGAUUGCGCCUUUCAUCACGGUCACUUUGCCCGACA